AUGCCGCCCGAGUCCAGGGACUCCGAGCCGCCACCUAAGGCCACCAAGACCAUACUGCCGGCCACUUCUGACUCCUCGGGUGUUGACAUCAAGGCAGAGCCGAGCAGUCCUCCAACCACGCCGUCUUUGGACCCUCUGACCAUUGAUAUAAAAGGACCAUUUGAUCUACCGGUCCUGCUGCCAAAGAUCAUCUCAGUCACCACCCUGAGAAGCAGCUCCGAUACUUCAGGAGGCAACAAUGCUUUGGGCAGCAACGAAAGAGAAGGCCCCACAGGAUCUUCACAGAAGAAGCCCGGCAGCAAGGAAGGUGCUUCUAAUGAGUGUGAUGUGUGUGGGCGUCGCUUUGCGUCUAAAGACUAUGUGCGAAAGCAUCGGCUCAAGCACGUGGGCAAGAAGCCGUACCCCUGUUUCAUCUGCGGCCACAGAUUUUACCUCAAGGAUAGCAUGUUGCAUCACGAGAAAACCCACAAGGACGUGAAGGUGUACAAGUGCCUCGUCUGCAACCGAAAGUUUCUCGACGAGUCCAAGUUCACUGAGCACCAGCUCAUGCACAUGAGUGAUAAGAUGUAUGCGUGCCGAAUGUGUGCGUCCAAAUUCUGCACGAGGGAGACCUUGGAGAGACACGAGCGGAUGCAUGCGAGUGGGGUGGACAUGUGGGUCUGCGAGGAGUGUGGCAUGACCUUCGAGCAGACGACGGCACUCGAGAGGCACCUGAAGUUGCACGUGACGGAGAAGACCUACGCGUGCCAUCUGUGUCCAGCCACGUUCGCGAAGGAGCGCAGUCGGGAGAAACACGUGGUAAGGCACGUGGCUAGAAAACGGAGACAGUGUCCCGUGUGUGGGAAGACGUAUUGCGGAUAUGCAAACCUCGAAACGCACAUUCGCCUGAUGCACGGUGGAGCCAGCACUACCACGGGGAACACUGACGGCAGCGUGAAGAUUCUGAGCGAUCCUCUGACCACAUCACCUCCUGAUGGCGCCAGUACGAAUGAAAAAGGACCAGAAGGAGCAGGCAUUUGGCGAGAGCACCACUGCAAUGCGUCGCACAUGUGGCUCUGAAACAUCAAUAGGCAUCAUGGAUAGCAGCCCAGGAUGAACUCACUUGUCCAUUGAAAUUCGAUAGAAGGGAAGCCUUGCAUGUGCUUCCUGUAAGGCGAGUCGGUGUUUGUUCAAGUGCAUUUCGUUGUCUUCCAAGCACUGCAUUUCCCUACGUGCUAGCUCAUCAUCAUUUAAUGCUCAUGCUCAUUGUUCUACUUAUGGAAACUCAACCUUUUAAGGGAACGCAGGGAUGAUCUCCCUAAAUACCUGUGUUGAAACAAAAAUUCCAAGGUUGAUUCACUGCCUCCUAUCCAUGUACAUGUGUGUGCACUUCAUUGAGUUGUAGAAUAUACGUGGCCAUAAUCAAAUGUAAAUAAAGGUAUAUGUAUGACAUGCUUUGUUUUUGUUGCUAUCGGAUCGGUGGCAGCGUUUUAUUGCGGCAUGCCAUCAAAUUAUGUGACUGUCUGAAUAGCGAAUAGGAAGCCUACACACAAGACAUGGCAUUUUAGGCAGUGUUAGUUGUUGGUUCCUGCUGCACACAAAUCAACAUGUGCACUACCUCCGUUUAUGUCUUGAGAAAACUUCCUGUACCGCUUUUCGUGUGGUUUUAUUUUAUUUAUUGAGUGCUGCUGGCUUGAAAUUCCAAGCCUUAAGCAGGAGUAGGAAUGGGUUACAUGUUCAGUACUAAUGCACUUGAACAACGAGAGAGCUCACAUACAAACAAGGCAACCGAAGAAAUGCAAGUGGAUGUGUCAACUAUGGCACUGAAUACUAUAAUAUAAUUUCAAAUGGCAAACUAUCAAAAUAUCAUACAUGUGGUGGUGCUUUAGACAAUGCAUUGCUCAACACUUGGCAAUAUGAGGAGAGAAAGAAAGAAAAAAGUAUCUGUUAAGUGUUAGACAUAGUAUCAACAGGAUGCACAGUACCAGAGAACAUAAUUGGUGAAGACAUCGAAUAAUGAAAAGCAAGAAAUGGGUGUGACUUUCAUAUCGGUUUUGCGUACUAGGUGUGUCUCAGAAUAAACCAGGGUGGUCCCAGAGACAUCUGCAAUCAUACUUUGUAAUUAGGUGGGCCGAUUUUAGUGCCAGUGCGUGAUUUGUGAGCUCGACACUAUGGCAGAAAAAUACUCUCGUGUUGUUGCGAUGCAGUACGUAUGGCAAUUGGAAGCACAAGUUAGACAAGGAACUCUUUAGUGGGCAAGUAAGUGCCCAUCAAGAAGCACUACUCGGAA